UUCACACAGAAAACCAAAAAUUAAAAAAAGAAAAAAAAAAAAAAAAAAAAAAAAAAAAAAAAAAAAAAAAAAAAAAAAAAAAAAAAAAAGAAAGAAAAGAGAGAAAGAAAGAAAGGAAGGAAGGGGAAAUUCAGAUUAGUCACAAAGAAGUUCCCCCGCCUGCUUCGCUGUGCAUAAAGCGAUCUCCUGAAGGCACUGUCUUCACUUCAUCUCUGCUCCUGGCACAGAGCUCACCAAUCCCCUCCUCCCUCUGUGCUCCUGCAGUGCUCCCAGCCCCUUCUGCAGCAGCUGCCGGCAGCGAGGCUGAGAUGGAAGGCCAGCCAGAUGCAGAGCCAAAGAAUGGAGAGCAGAUGGAAUGUGAAAGGGAGAGUGCGGAGGAUGAGUGGAAGCGCUGGCAAAGAGGACAGGUUAGGAACACGCUGCACCUCGUGUCCGCAGUUGCUCAGUGGAUAUUACUGCUUGCCUGCCUGAUUUACCUUGGGAUGGAUUUUCUGCGGCCCUCAAAGCCUCAGAGACACGAARUGCCAUGGACCCACAUCCGGUACUCAGGUGAAAGCAUCAAAGGAGUAGCCAUGAAUCUCAUUGCUGAACUAGGCUCCAUUCAGAUCAGGAAUGGGUCCAUCGUGAUCCCCUGUGAUGGUCUCUACCUCAUAUCCCUGAAUAGUUCAAUCGACCCAGAAGAGGAGGAUUUGCUGAAGGUGACCCUGCAGGGGACACAGCAGACAAACUCCCUGUGGGAGCAGACCGUGAACAGCAAAAACACUGCAGUAAAUCUCACCACGGUGCUCUUCUUGUUUCAUCACGACAGCGUCACUCUGUGGACCAACUCCAAUGCCAUCAUCUCGGAUCUGUCCUUUAGCCUGGUCUUGCUAGCUACCCCAAAUGAUAACUGCUGGGGUUGAUGUGUGAAAUACAACAUGGAAAGCWCAGCCUUCCCUAUCAAUCUGUAGGUUUUGUACUUGUACAGGCAGACUGCUCUAGAAUCCCUCCCUGGGGCUGUGGAAAGCCUCGGUGGGAGUGCAGAUAAACCACAGUGCAGACAGGCUUUAUAUAGUGCAUGCAGUGUUCAUCCCKUUGGAGCUCUGUGCAGCUGAUUUGCUACCUAGGAUGGAUCUUUCCUACACUGGGAAAGGGAUGUGUGGAGCUCUUGAGGAGAACAGAAAUGAAAGCCAAAGAAAAUCACCCAAGCUUAGCUCAUAUUCAGAGAAACCCUGGGUUUCUCUAUUUACUUGACUGUGUCUGUAUAUAGUAGAAAUGUGCUGUGUUUUUUCUCAAAUAAAAGCCUGGUAAGUCGGGAAGAUACCUCAARUGCCUUGAAGCCAUUUGGAGUAGGAGGAGCAUAAAUCUACUCAACAGCCCUGUGCCUGACAAGACGGAAAGCAGGGAAAAGGCAGCAAGGGAAUGCCUUUGGAAUGAUCCAGAUAAAGGCUGUCUGACAGGUAAAGGCCAUGAAAGAAGGUGGAAUUUUGAAAUGAGCUGACAGGACUGCACUGGACAGCAGAAGCACAGAUCAUGCACUGACUGUGGGGUUUUGGGGGGAGCAGCUUUUGAGAGCACUGGCUGUUCCAACUAUCCGCAAACUACUGAAGCCUGACCCAAAGGAAUAUCUGGUGGGACAUUCAUAUCUUAAGAUGUAAGGUCUCAGAGGAAAAUCUCCUUCAAGCACACACACACCCACACACCCUGGCUUGACCCAAAAGUGUUCUAGGCACAUAAAAACUUGGGAAAACACGAAGACUUCUAGAUUUGGUGAGUUCUCUCUAAUGGACCAAGKGAAACCUGCAGGCCUGCGCAUCCUUUACUCAGGGAGAACUCAAAUGGUUCAGGUGACUCCCCUUGACUUUGUCACACAGGGGUGCACCAGGGAUUCACAGGCACGACCUCCACAAUGCCCCUUGCACACCUGCCUGGCUCCUGCUGAGGUCAGACUGCUCUCAGUGAUCCUGGGCUGCUCAUCCCUGCUCUCAGCUUGGGGCUGCUGCGGACAAGUCCUGCCCUGCCCACGCUGCAGGCAGCUCAUGACCUCAGCACCGCCAGUACCUGGGGAAUUUUCAGUCGGAGCGAGGCAGUUUUUAAGGGCAAGUUGUCUACGUGUCUCCCAAUGAACUCCAUCAACAUUCAGCAUGUCACUGCUGGCUGCACACUCCAAAGUCUUUUGUUAAAAGUAUUUAUGUAUUUAUAUGACAGGCAUAAGAAUGUUACAUCRGAUUUCUUAGAAACACUGGGAAGGGCUCAGACCAGGUUGUCAGCACUGAACUCCUCCUUGAAGACACUCCCAGGCCCUGGACUGUGCCUGCUCUGCCCCCAAAAACCAACCUGGACUGACCCCUCGUGGCUGAGCACUCCUGCAGGCUCAGGUGCCACAGACAGCUAAGGAAAUCUUCCAGGCCUUGGAGAGCUUUCCAUGUGCUUUAGGCUAAUGAACUUCCCUACCUCGGCCAGGCCACAGCCUCAGGGGAAACUGCUGUGGCUGAAGCAGUUACUCACACAGUGCCAAGAAGCAGCUUUUCUCCUCUCAACUGAGAAGCUGCGGCUGACUUGCACCCGCAGGGUGCUCGUCAUUAAAAGAUAUUUUUGGGUUUUAAUUCUGGCCAUGCUUGCCACCACAGGGACUGAAGGCAGCUGCACCCUGCCCCCAGGCUGGGGAUUGUCACAUUCCCCAGCUGAAGUGAGAAUAUGUUUAUCUUCCAAAAAAAUAAUAAAUUUUUCCU